UCUGUCAGUGUCAAAUCAAUUGAUUAUUUUGUUUGGGAUCGGCGUUUUGCACUUAUUUUUCAUGUUUUUUCGCAAAUAUUAAAUCGGAAUCAUGAUGGAAUUGGAUGCGGACCCUCUGGAAGGCAGUAGCUAUGAGAUGGGAGUGACUGUAAAGGCCGAAAUAAAGGAGGAAGAGGAAGAACAUUAUAAUACUAUGGCCCUUUUAGAACUCGCUCAAUGCGUACAAACGAACCAAGAGCCCAUCGAAUUCAACUCCACAGAUGCAAUGAUGGACCCAAAAACCGGUCUAAUGAUCUGCCUCCAUUGCCUAGAAGAUUUCGACUCCAACUUACUAUCCGACCACAUGAUUAACGCUCACAACUACCGCAGAGUUUUAUUCAAAUGUCAUACAUGUCAAAACACAUUCCAAGAGCGAAAACUUCUGACAAUACACCAACAAGAGUGCCAGCCGGAACAGAAAGUCAGAAAACGUAAGACGUUCCAACAAAUUAUGAGAGACGUUGAAACGAAAUAUUUUAUGGAAGAACAGGAUCUGUUAGAACCGGCUUCCUGUCCAAUUUGUUUGCUCGACUUACCAAAGUAUUGUAUAAAAGAGCAUUUGUUGAACGAACAUCGGAAACCGGAUGUCAUAUUGACGUGUGGGCGUUGUAAUAGGAAUUUUAAGUCUAAAUUGACGCUUAGAGAGCAUGUGAAGUUGGUUCAUGAGGCCGUGGAAGAUUCAGAGGAAUGUGAGCUUUGCGGUCAAAAGUUCAGGUCGUUAAAGUAUCUGUCUAAUCAUAAGAGGAACGUGCAUCCGUCUGGUGACAAAAUCCACAAAUGCUCUGUCUGCGGCAAGGAGUUCAAGUCUCGUCUCUGUCUUCAUCAGCACAGCAAAUACGUGCAUCCACCGGAGUCAGCAUCAGUGGCAUGUCCCCACUGCCCCAAUAAGCUGUUCAAGUCUAGAAUCAACCUCACGCAGCAUUUGAAGGUGGCUCAUGGCUGGAAGAGGAAGAGUCACUAAGGAAUCACUGGGUUGUCGCUAGUGAGUCGCUGACGAGCCACUAGGUAGUCACUAAUGAGUCACUUGGUAGACACUAGGGGCUCAAAAAUGAGUCACUAGUGAGCUACACUAGUGCUUGUUGUUAGCUACCCGGUACACAGCAAGUACGUACGUACAUCCGCUGGAGUCAGCAUCAGUAGCAUAUCCCCACUGCCCCAACAAGCUGUUCGAGUCCAGGAUCAACCUCACGCAGUAUCUGAAGGUGGCUCAUGGCUGGAAGAGGAAGAGUCACUAGGUAGUCAUUAGUGAGUCACUGGGUUGUCACUAGUGAGUCACUGGGUUGUCACUAGUGAGUCACUGGGUUGUCACUAGUGAGUCACUGGGAUAACACUAGGGAAUCACUGACGGGCCACUAGGGAGUCACUAAAGAGUCACUAGUGAGUCAAUGGGAUUUCACUAGGGAGUCACUGACUACUAGGUAGUCACUAAUUAGUCACUAAUGAGUCAUUUGGUAGUCACUAGUGAAUCACUGGGUUGUCACUAUGGAGUCACUAAAAAGUCGCUAGUGAGUCACUGGGUUGUCACUAGGGAGUCACUAGGCCGUCACUAGGUAGUCACUAAUGAGUCAAUGGGAUUUCACUAAUGAGUCACUUGGUAGUCACUGAUGAUUCACAAGGUAGUCACUUGAUAGUCACUAGGGGCUCAAAAAUGAGUCACUAGGGAGUCACUAGUGAGCUACACUAGUGCUUGUUGUUAGCUACUCGGUACACAGCAAGUACCUACGUGCAUCCGCCGGAGUCAGCAUCAGUGGCAUGUCCCCACUGCCCCAACAAGCUGUUCAAGUCUAAGAUCAACCUCACGCAGCAUCUGAAGGUGGCUCAUGGCUGGAAGAGGAAGAGUCACUAAGUAGUCACUAGCGAAUCACUGGGCUGUCACUAGUCACUAGUGAUUCAAUGGGAUUUCAAUAGGGAGUCACUAGGUUGUCACUAGGUUGGUUAUCCUGCGCUCUGAAGCUGGGGACCGCCAUUGAGUUUUGCGACAAUUGUACCUAGGCUAGUUGUUAUCUUGUUAAGCUAUAUGUAUAAAUGUUUAUUCAAUUUGUUAAUAUGUAUUAUAGUUUUUAUUAUUCGGCAUGUUGCCAUAAAAAUACAUUAGUAAGUACAA